AAAAACACACACACACGCACACACAUACGAGAGCAGAAGCAAAAGAAGAAGAAGCAGUAGCAGCAGCAGCUGAAGCAGAGGGAUUUGACCGUUACCCAACUGGACAACAGCAGGCGACAGAAGCAGAGAAACGCAUUCAACGUUGUAGUUGUUGUAGUUUAGUGCAUAGGCUAGACCGAGCAGAGGCAGCGACUGAGCAGAAGCAGCGACAGAGCGAGAGCGAGUCAAACAAGAGAGAUAGAGAGAGAGUGAGAGAGCGCGUCAUUGCAAUCAGUGAUCACGAUGUAUAAAACAAUACGUCACGGCGAGAACAGCCUGCAAUACACGAUUCUACCGCAAAACGAUGACUUCCGCAUCGAGGGUAAACUGUCGGCUGCCUCCUCGUCGUCAUCCACCGCCUCGUCCAAGCGCAGCACGGCGGCGGGACAGCGACGACGGCGCUCUUUCUUCGCCUACCUGGGCCUGAUCUUCGUCUGCACCGUUAUCAUUGGCGCUGUGCUCAUCCCCUUCCUGGUCUCCGCCGAGUGUCUGCCCAACCCCACAGAAUGGUUCCUCAAGACAAAGGCGGCCCUCACCCAUACACGAGCACCCACUGGAUCUGGAGUUGGAAUUGCUAGUGGAACUGGAUCUGGAGAGGCCAUACCGGCUACACUGCCCACCGGGUCGCCGCUGCUCCAGCUGGGUCAGAGCGUGGGCAAAACAGUGCAGAUUGUGAACCGAAAUGGCAUCGAGCAGUUUGUGCUGAAGGUGAACAAAACAGUUGCCACCGCAGGAACAGAGGAGCUGCCCCCAAGCAGCAGCACAACUACAACAACAAGCAGCACCACCACAACCACAACCACUACCAUGGCGCCUACGACCAGCAGCAGCACCACCAGUACCACAACUGCGCCCACAACCACGACCAGGGAGCAGCCACCGCCUCCACCGCCGCCGCCGCCCCAGCCGUCCGUUCCGGUCAGCACUACCGGAUAUGUUGCCGUGCUCCCACCGCAAGGCCAGCAGCGCCACCUGCCAGCCACCACGAUCACCACGCGAAUCAUACAGGUGCCGCUGCUAAAGUCAGCCGCCAAGAAGCCCAUCAUGCCCCCGGUCCUGGCCAAGACGCAGGGCGCUGCAGUGCAGCAGCAGCAGGCAGCGAAAGUGGAGAAGGGCCAGAACAAGAGCAACAGCGACUGGAUAAAGACGCACUGGGCCUACAUAGAUCCCUCGACCUACUUCCAGUGGACCGGCUACAAGGCCGAGGAUAGCGUGCUGCUGCCCGCCCUACUGGGAUUCGCACUCAUUGGCAUGAUUUUGAUCAUCACGGUCUGCCUGGUGGCACGCAACAAGCGCACCAUCGUGUCCUCGGUGCGCAAGCGGAAUCGUAAUGACAUUGAGGAGCAGGGAGCCGAGGAUAAUGCCACGCUGCUUACAACCACCAAUCUAUCGGACGACGACUAAGGGGAUAUCCGAGUAUCUUUUUGUUUUGCGACUGCUUAUCCAACGAUCCAGCGCUUGAUCCAUCAAAAUAUGGAGGCGGCACACACGUACAUAGGAAUGGGACACGUGAUUCGGGAGCAAUCGGAUUCUAACAAUAGCUCUCACGCUGAACGCCCUAAAGCCCUCCUCCCAUAUAUAAGCCCCAUCCCAAAGCAACUUUCACUGUUAUGUUUCUCUCCCAGAAGAAAACAAAAAAAAAUUCCCCCAAAAAAAAAAACCAAAACAAAUGACGAAGCUGAAGACUGUUUCUUGAAAACUUGAACACACACAAAAAAUGAGCUGAAAGGUUAAUUUACCCACAAAAAUUUCUUUCUCGAUAACAUAACUCGUUUUGAAACUCUUUCCAAAAAUGAUGCUUAGGUUGUGUCCAUGUCUUUCCGUGUGUGUGUGUGGUGUGUGCUGUGUGUGAGAGUGUGAGUGUGUUAGUCUAUACAUAUUUGCGUGUGCGUGAGA